UACUGUUUGCGGAGGCUUCUGUCUUAUCUUAUGUGGAACAGGUGGGAAAAGAACUCUCUCUCUCCACAGACGUUGGUAGGAAUGAGGGAGAGAAAGCGUGUGCAUGAGGUUGACCUGGAGAGGCGUGCGUGAAUGAGAUAGAGAGGGAAAUGGGUGGUGGGUGGAGGAACGAGCGGAGUAAAGGCAGAUAGACUCAAAAAGCACAGUAGGGAACAGAAGACGAGAGAAAAUGGUGAAAUACACAAUGUGAGCUGGAAUUGGAAUCUUAUAUCUGCAAGGCGGCCCCCCGGGAGUAAAAAAAAGUGAAUGAGAAAGUGGUAUAGAAAGGGUGUCAGGAGGAUCCCCCUACACCAUGAGUGUACGCAGAACCAGGAUGUCCAGGGACCUGUCCAGGCUGCUCCUAAUCUUCCUGCUGGUCCUCCGAGGAAGUUUAUCCAAAGAAAUACAGACCCCGCAGUUUCUUCGCAGAGUGUAUGAGGUCAUCCACGUGAAUUCCACUGCCCCGUACUGCUUCACAACGACUGGAUCAGAACUGGUUUGCUUCUGGCAGAGCAGCGAAAAGGAAAACUCCAGCUAUACCUUUGAAUAUCAGUCCCAAGAUCAACCCAGAAAGUCGUGCGCUCUGACGACAGAGGCGGACCCUGAAGAUACCUGGUGGUACAUUUGCAACUUCCCAGCCCUUGACGUGUUCUCCUUUGAGCCCAUCAACAUCACGCUGACCCGGCAUCACCACGAUGAGCUCACUCUGUACCAGAAAGUGUUCUACACCAACGAUCUCGUUUUCUUGGAACCUCCCCGAAACGUGACAGUGACAGAGAAGACUUUUGGAGGCUAUCUGGUAUCCUGGGAACCUCCAUCCAUGAGCUUUGAAGACAGCAUCAAGUUUGAAGUAAAGUACUCCUCUUCAGAAGAAGACACGCACACGGAGUCGGUGGAUAAGGGGCUCAGUGUCCUCCUGAUGGACCUUAAAGCUCUCACACAGUACACGGUCUAUGUAAGAGCCAGACUGGACGGCAUAUCGUACAGCGGAUACUGGAGUGAAUGGACACCCCCCGUUAUCAUCGAGACAAGCAUUGAUCCUCUUCAAAUCAUGCUGUAUGUCUUUGGCUCCCUCCUGCUGGUUACCAUACCCCUUCUGCUGAUACUGAAAUAUAUCAGCGUCAUCAAGCACAAAGUUUGGCCACAGAUCCCAACUCCUGACAGUCACUUUCGAGAUCUCUACACCAUCCAUAAGGGGAAUUUUAAGCUAUGGCUUGGGCAAGCCGACUUCUACCGGGUUUGGACUUCCAGGCAUACGUUCUAUGACGACCCAUAUUCUGCUUUGGAGAUACUAUCUGAGCUUUCAUCCACGGUAACAUCGCCAAGAUCCUCUGUCCAGCUGCCUGCCAAGGAUAAUUACGUGAUAUUGAAUGAGAAAAUUGUACCUCAUCUCUCAGCAAGGGUGGCAAUGGGGAGACACCAGACCGCGUGGAUGGAACCGCAGAGAAGGAACUUCAAUCAUUUUAAUGACCAAUUUGAGGAACAUGGCCCUGAGGAGACUUCAAAGAGGGAGGCCAGACUGGUAGCUUAUGACUCAUUGGAGACCCAGAGUACAGAGCUGAGCCAAGAAGAACCUGGCUUCGAAGAAGCUCCCAUUCUGAAGAUCGGUCAUGGUGAAAGUUAUGGACAUGAGAAUGACUUUUUGGAGGCUCCACAGAUAGAAGAUGACUGGCAAAACUCCGAUGUCAACCACCUGCGUUCUAAGGAGGGGAAGCAUAGUCCAGCCUCUAGCUUUGAGUACACUGUUGUGGAGACAUGCGAGGGCCUCCUAUCUCCCAAGCCACGUCCUCCACGUCCACCAUGUCCACCAUGUCCGCCACCUCCUUCUUCUCUCUCUUUGAAAUACGCGUAUCUUCUCAUGUCUGGCUCUGGAGAGGAAAGUCGUCCCCCAUCCCCUAAUAUUUACCAGAACGACCAUCUUCUCCACCAGGUGUACUCACAGUGCUAAGUUUGUGGACAGAAAUGAGUCGACUCAGCGAGAGGUGGAAGCGGGAAACUCCACAACGCAUAAGGAGAAAGGGAAGCGGAAUGUUUGUC